UUCAGGUUUUCUAACUUCUCUUUCUUCUCCUACCAACAUCACAUAAAAGUAUAGACGGCAGGUUUGAGUAAGGCACCAUUUAAGCCUUUUGCUCAUUCACCCCUACCAUUUAUUACUUUCAUCUCUACAAAUUAUAUAUAUUUUUAAUUUAUUUAAGAAAUAAAACGAAAAGCCAAUCACUCUCCAUUUCUUCUUCUUCUUCUUCUUCUUCUUUGGAAGCGAUCAGUUUUUCCUUUGCUUCUUUCGAGGCAGUUGGUUUGAUUUGAUUCCCUUGAGAAAACUUUUCUUUUUAUUUUUCUGGGUUCUUCUUGUUGUGUUAAUAUAACUCAUGUCUGGUUUGUAUACACAUAAUUUCUCCCCUUCGAGAGCUCUAUCCCCACAAAUAAGAACCACCCCUGAUGCUGAGAGUGGGCAGUAUUUGUCAGAGCUAUUAGCAGAGUAUCAAAAGCUCGGGCCUUUUGUACAAGUCCUCCCCAUAUGCAGCCGGCUCCUCAAUCAAGAAAUCCUCCGGGUAUCUGCAAUGAGUCCUCAAGGGUUUUGUGAUUUAGACCGAUUGCAGCGUGGAAGUCCUACUCCUGGCCCGAUGAUCUCCUCAGAAAUGAUGUCAAUUAAUCGAGGACUGAGCUUCAAUGGCUGGAAUGGCCUGCUACGUGAGAGAGUAGGAGGACAACAGGGCUUGACCAUGGAUUGGCAAGCAGCACCGCUGAGUCCAAGUUCACAUGUCAUGAAGAAAAUACUGCGGCUUGAGAUUCCUGUGGAUACUUUCCCAAAUUUCAAUUUUGUUGGUCGGCUCCUAGGACCCAGAGGCAACUCACUGAAGAGGGUGGAAGCUACUACAGGGUGUCGUAUCUACAUUAGAGGAAAAGGUUCAAUAAAAGACUCGGAAAAGGAGGAAUCUUUGAUGGGACGCCCAGGCUAUGAGCAUCUGAGUGAACCGCUCCACAUCUUAAUUGAGGCUGAAUUCCCAGUCGAUAUCGUUGAUAUUCGAUUGCGACAAGCUCAGGAAAUCAUCGGAGAAUUGCUCAAGCCUGUGGAUGAAUCACAGGACAUAUACAAGAGGCAGCAGUUGAGAGAACUAGCUAUGCUCAACUCCAAUAUAAGAGAGGAGAGCCCGGGACCAAGUGGGAGCAUAUCUCCUUUUAAUUCCAUCGGGAUGAAGCGUGCCAAAACAGGUCAAUAAUGAUAUGCAUUUCCAGAUGACUAUUAGCUAUUUAUCAGCUCUUUGUAAUCUGUACAGCUAUAAAGAGAGGCCAGGUAGGUAACAUGGCACGAUGAGCUUCGAUUGAGUUGCAUGAGUGUUAACACGAGACUAAAGAUAAAUUCAUUUAUUACAAGCUUUUGUGAAUGUAGUUGGUUGCAGUAGUAAAAGUAGGGGUUAUUCUAAAUUUGUUCUGUAAUCAACCUUUGAUCUUUUCUUUGUGGGAACAUAAAAACUCUUUGUUGGUAGUGAAAUGAAAUAUAUGUCAAUUGGAGGGGUUUGAAUGACUAAUUCCAAGUCGGCA